AGCCUUCCCGUGGCCUUCCUCCACGACCGUAGCCCGCACCCUGUUAUUGACAUCUAGCACCAUGAUACUAACACAAACAGCUAUGCGGAUGAUGCGCUACUACCCCGAGAGGAGCUUGUUCGAAUGGGAGCCACUCCUUGAGAACUUGAUACCGGAGGACGCUGGUGAAAUUGCUCUAGACACGCCUGAAUUUCGCAGGGAAGCGUUAAUUCAGGCCAGCAAAAUCAGUUGGAACCCACUAUGUUACUGGCUGGGGACGAGACCUCUCCCGAAAGCGGAGAAGGACGAAGACAUACCGUGGCAGACUUAUGUGGCGCCGCCGCCUCUUCCGGAAAUCAAGCUAGAGGACAUCGUGUUGGUCAGAGAUAUGAAUCCCGGGGGAAACACCCCUCUAUUUGAGGUGAAGAUAGGGGGCGUCUCGAGACUACUUAAAGUGUUUAUGUCUCUUACAUCGCCUAGCUGGUAUAAUGCGUAUGCGCGUGAACUCGACCCAAAGCUUUCAUUGCGACUCUACCACGCAGAGAAGGAAGCAUACGCUCAUCUUCGCCACUUCGGCGCAUGCGAAUCAGGCGUCGUGCCGAAUUGUUAUGGCACUGUCCAACUCUCUCGACAACAGGCAAUCGAUAUAUCCAGACAGUUCUCAAUGGGAUGGGACCUUCCCGUCGAUGAUGAAAAUCUGCCAUAUGCACUUCUCUUAGAGCACUUUCCCGAUGCCAUCCAGGUUUCCAUAUACAACGUGACAUUCCCGGUUGCGGAAAGGGCAUUAAGGGCGCUCUGCACCGUGCAUAAAUCAUACGUGCAACACGGAGAUAUUAAUGGUCGCAAUGUCUUGGUGCUUCCAGACGACCGCGUUGUCUGGAUUGACUUUGAUCAUGCGAAGUCUGCUUCCGAUCCAACGCUCUGCCGCCAGGAUAUCUGGAAUGAGAUACGUGAAGGUUGGGGAUACUUUUAUCAAUUAUUACUACCUGAUGCUCGUAUUGGCUUUAUAUCGCCACUUUACUGAUUCUCAUCAGGAAAAUGGGCAUCGCCCUGACGCGCCUCGAGGAAGCUUCCUCAGGGCCUAUUUGGUUCAGAUCCUUGCUUGGCCUCUGCCUCAUACCAAUACUGGGUCAGACAUGAGCUUCAAAGAAGCCAUUGAUGAUAAUUGUUCUAUCGUUCUGUAUGGUAAUAAAGCUUGUGUCCUCAAGUGGAUGAGUCACUCCGAAUCGGCGCUUAUGCU